AUGGAGGCGCGAGAAAACUUCAUCAAAACGGAAAUAGUAAGACAAAUUUUGGACGACAAUGAGUGCUUCCAAGGGAUGGAAAUCGUUAGUUGUGAUUUCCGCACACCGAAGCAGCUAGAUGGCUUCAUGUCAGCGAUUCAUGAGCUCAAAUUGAUUGUCCGAGUGAAGUCGAACGGGGAACAAUCCACAAUUACACUGCUCGUGAAGGUGAUGAAAGGAGAGGAUCUGUUUCGGAAGCAGAACCUCGGGUACGUGCUGUUCCCGAACGAGAUCAACAUCUACGCCAACGUGCUGCCGCUGUACGAUCGUUUACUUGCGGAAGCUGGCACAUCCCUAAAGGCAACGCAAUGGUGCCCCAAAGUGUACCUUAGCGCGAUGGGUUCCUUCCCAGGAUACAGCCAAUGUUUCGAGACGUUUCUCGUGAUGGAAAACGUCGCACCGAAAGGCUUUCGUAACGGACCGAGGAUUGAUCUGGACGAACCACACCUAAUACUGAUGGCGAAGGUCAUCGCUCAAUACCACGCGUGUUCGUACGCACUGCGAAUGCUAAACACCGAAACACUGGACAGCCUCGUCGCAAAGAUAAUCCCGCUAAACUUCAUUCAGGAUGGGAGGAUCUUUUUCGAAAGCUACGACGUUAUCUUUCGCCUCGCUGCCGAACGUUUGUUUGCCUACGUUGAUGCAACCCCGCACGAGCUGGACAGUGAGCAGUUCAAGCGGAACAUUCACACUUUGCGCACCAAAUACGGUCCGAACCAAUCGCAACUGAUGCAAAAGUUCCUCGAGCGUGAUCCCAUCUUCUCGGUGAUCCUUCACGGGGACUACAACCGCAACAACGUGCUAUUCCGCUACGAGAACGAGCAGCCCGUCGAGGUGUUGAUGAUCGACUUCCAGGAGAAUCGGUUUGGCUCACCCGCGCUUGAUUUGUCGUUCUUCAUGUACAUGAACAUGGCGCCGGAGUUGCAGGAGCGCUUUUGGAAUGAGUUGUUGGUGUGCUACCACACGCAGCUGAUAAGGACGCUCUGUGAGGUAUUGCAUUGUCGCGAGACGGAUCCUCGGCUGGAGCCCUACCGAGAGGCCAACUUCCGGGCGCAUUUUGCACGGUUCGCGUUGUACGGUGCCAUGGUGGCUCUCAAUUUUCUUCCGCAGAUGAUGAGCAGUGAGGAGGAAUGCGCCGAAAUUAAUAGCUACUUCGAGCAGGACAUACACUGCGAGGGAUUUCGUCGGUGCGCUCUGAAAAAUGGUGGAGAUCGAGCGAAUCGUAGAAUUACGGCCGUCAUGAGACACGCUAGUCGCAUGGGUUAUAUGGAUAUGAUGUAAAAACAUACUGACGAGCAUACAUCGGCGUUCUAGAGCAUUGUUUUUCACCGAUCGUGGUCGAUCGUUAGAAGAUUCAUACUUCGAAAAUAUGGAUGUUGCGACCGCAUUACAU